AUGCCACCGUCAGACAAAUAUAUCAAAACACCUAUUCAGUUCACUGCAUUUUUCAUAUUAGUGAAAACCUACCAAAAAAUCUCAAAUCUAAGCUUCAUAGCCAAUAUGAAAGCUUUGUCCAUGACUUUUUCCUAUGCCACAACAGCCUGUGUGAAGAAAGUUUCUAUGAACGAUGGUCACAACUUACCGAAAAUGGGAAUUCAAACUACCUCUCGUGUCAAAGGUCUCAACAGCAUUGUCAAACGCCUAUUAACAGCAAGUAGUAGUUUGUGUGAUCUUGUUGAUGCAUUCGAUGCAAGACUCCAAGAUGAGGUACAGUGGAAUCAGUUUUUUGAAUACCAGACUAUGUCAUCUUGUAUGGGAAUUGUGUCAGUGGAUCACGAUCUUUUUUCUGAAAUCGACAAAAAAAUAUCCAAAUAUCUCACUCUCCACAUAUUGUCUGUGGAACGUCUGGAAAUAUCGCAAUGCCUAUAUUUCAUUGCAAGUCAAAUGAAUAUUGCGAAUAAUAAUGAUGAGGAUUCCAAUCUUAUCGUGAUGGAUGGAUUCAUUGAGAAUUCAUAUGAUGCCAAACAAAUUCUAUUGAAAUCAAUAAUUGCUGAAGUUGGCGAAGAAAAUGUUCGAGAAGUGUGA